UGCAAUGCAAUGCAAUCAAACAAUAUUCAUAAAACCUUUCAAACCAAACAUAUAUAUACACACAAAUUAAGUUGAACUUAUUAAUUUCCAAAUAUAUUUCAAUGAAUAUGAAGAGAACACAAUCAUCACUUCUACAAAUUCAGCCUCCUACGUAUGGAAAGUUAGUGACAAUUCUAAGCAUAGAUGGAGGUGGUAUUAGGGGCAUUAUUCCAGCAACAAUACUUGAAUAUCUUGAAACACAACUUCAAGAAUUGGAUGGUGAAUCUGCAAGACUUGCAGAUUAUUUUGAUGUGAUUACAGGAACAAGCACAGGUGGUCUUGUAACUGCCAUGUUAACUGCUCCAAAUCAUAACCAACGUCCACUUUUUGCUGCCAAGGAUAUCAAACCCUUUUAUUUGGAACAUUGUCCAAAGAUUUUUCCACAACACAAGGACCUGUUCGGAUCGGUGACAAAGUUGUUUAGAUCAUUAGCAGGACCAAAAUAUGAUGGAAAAUACCUUCACGAUAUGGUGAGAGAAAAAUUAGGGGAAAUUCGUGUGCACGAAACACUGACCAAUAUUGUGAUCCCCACAUUUGACAUAAAGACAAUGCAACCAAUCAUUUUCUCAUCAUAUAAGGUGAAGACAACUCCUUGUUUUGAUGCUCGUCUCUCUGAUAUAUGCAUCGGUACCUCUGCUGCACCAACUUAUCUUCCUGGCUACAAUUUCAAGAACCAAGAUGAAGAUGGCAACACACACGAAUUCAAUCUUAUUGAUGGUGGUGUUUGUGCAAAUAAUCCGACAUUAGUUGCUGUGAAUGAAGUAACGAAGCAGAUAAUAAAUCAAAAUAAUGACUUCGAUUCCAUAAAGCCAAUGGAAUAUAGUCGGUUCUUGAUAAUCUCAUUGGGCACGGGAACACCAAAGAAUGAACAAAAAUUCGAUUCAAAAUUGGCAGCAAAAUGGGGAUUAUUGGAUUGGUUAACACAUGGUGGUUCAACACCUUUAAUCGAUAUGUUUAGCCAAUCCUCCGGAGAUAUGGUUGAUUACAAUCUUGCUACCGUCACUCAAGCACUUAACUCUCAAGAUAAUUACCUCCGAAUACAGGAUGAUACAUUGACCGGGAUAGACUCUUCGGUUGAUAUUGCAACAAAAGAGAAUUUAGAUAAAUUGUGCCAAAUUGGAGAAAGGUUAUUGAAGAAACCAUUAUCUAAUGUCAAUUUAGAGACGGGUGUGUUUGAGCCUACUCAAAAUAGGGAGACCAACCAAGAUGCUCUCAAAAGGUUUGCCAAAAUACUUUCACAAGAAAGGAGGCUCCGAGAAAUAAAAUCUCCUCAUGUACAAACAAGGCCUUAAUAUAAACAAACGUCCACUUGUUGUUCAUAUAUAUAUAUUCUUAACUAGUUUCUAGACUUUCUGUCUUAUUAUUCAAUAAAAUUUGUCUAUCUCAUUUUAGAGAGGUUGCAUUGGAUUCUAUUCAUUGUAAAGAAAUAUUGUUUGUAUUUGUUUA